UGGAACCAUGCCUCUGAAGAUCUUCUUUGCUCCCAACCCCCUUUAUAUACAUAAAAUUCAGUUCUUGCACAUUUCAAAACCCAACGGUCACAUUUACCCGAUUAAGCACAAUCCUGAACACCCUCACCACCAUUAAAAUUUCCCAAAUCUCUUCCACCACCCAAAAUGGGUCUCCAUAUAUGCAUAUAAGUGUGCUUAUUUUAUUAUUAACAAUUGUAUUUUAUUGUAUGAGAUAUGAUUAGUAUUGGAGGGAAACCACCGCCAAGGCUUAUUACGGCGACCGGGCUCGAAUCCUCGUCGUCGCCGAAGCUAGGGUUCGUCUUCGCGAGCGCACGCGGUGGCGGUUCCGUAAUUAAUUUGAGAUCUAGGGGCUCUUUGCGGAUCAAGGCGGUGGAGGGGUCGAGGAGGGUGAGAUUGAACGGGAAGGUGGACGAUUCGAAUGAAAAGUCGACGAAUGGGCACGCAGGGAGAAACUUUAGCCAGUUAUCUACCAUUGGGAGCUCAACAAACAUCAAGUGGCAUGAAUGUUCACUUGGAAAAGUUGACAGGCAGAACUUACUCAAACAGAAAGGAUGCGUAAUAUGGAUCACGGGUCUCAGCAGUUCAGGGAAGAGCUCUGUGGCAUGUGCUUUGAGUCAGAGCUUGCAUCGGAGGGGUAAGCUGUCUUAUGUUCUUGAUGGGGACAAUGUGAGGCAUGGCCUGAAUCAUGACCUUGGUUUUAAAGCAGAAGAUCGUGCAGAGAACAUACGGAGGAUUGGUGAGGUAGCAAAGCUGUUUGCAGAUGCUGGAGUUAUAUGCAUUGCUAGUUUGAUUUCUCCCUACAAAAGGGAUCGGGAUGCAUGUCGUGCACUAUUACCAGAGGGGGAUUUUAUUGAGGUUUUCAUGGAUGUGCCACUCCAAGUUUGUGAGGCAAGAGACCCAAAGGGCCUAUAUAAGCUUGCUCGUGCAGGAAAGAUCAAAGGCUUUACUGGUAUUGAUGAUCCAUAUGAGCCCCCAUUGAAUUGCGAGAUAGUAUUAGAAUAUAAAAUUGAAGGCGGUGCUUCCCCAAGUGAAAUGGCUGAAAAAGUGUUUUCUUACCUGGAGGAGAAGGGGUACCUACAGGCAUAGCAAGAUGUAGCAAGAUGGUGGGUCUCUCUCCACUUAGCUUUCUAUUUAUUUAUUUAUUUUUAUUUUUUUUAAUAAAUCUAUUAUUCACACCGAUUUUAUUACACCCAUGUUACAUCGGCUGACGUGAUAUGAGUUGAAUGACCACUUAAAAAAAAAAAAUAUUUAUUUCCAUUCAACUCAUGCUACAUCAACAGAGUGAAGCUAGUGUUUUGAUAAAGUGAAUGUGAAGUGUAACCGUACUCUUUUGUUUUACAAUACAACAACUGCAACAAUGGUGUGUUUGAA